AUGUCGACUUCAAGAGACUUCGCUAUCCCAGCGGAGCAGGACUCCUCAAUGGACAACGACAUAGAGCAAGAAGGCCGCCCGAGCCAGUCCUCUAAUACCAAUACCUCUGACGAGAAGGCCGAGCAACAUGUCCGCUAUAACCUCACCCUCAACACGCAGAAUCUCUCCCCACCCCCGGCCGAGCCUAUACGACCAGUACGAUCCGAUACCGAAAUACAUCGCGAGAUGAACUUUUCCCCGUCAAUAUUGCGUCGCCGAAUCAGUCGCGCUCCGACGUUUAAGACGGUCGACGACUUCGAUGAGUUCGAGACAUUUGGCGAUCGCCCCGGCUGGCAACCUGGUUCCGAGCCCGGUUAUGACCCUAAGCUCCCCGAUGGAGGACAUGCUUCCAUGCCUGCACUUCAAGCCCAAUGUGAAAUCUCCGUAAUUGACUUUUCACAAGACGGUAUGGUCAAGCGCCACUUCGAUAAUGCGAGUUUCAUAGCCUUCUUGGAUCAACCAAAGGAAGAAUGGGCAAGAUGUCGAUGGAUAAACGUCAAUGGGCUUAGCUGGGAUGUCAUUCAGGCUAUUGGCAACAAAAAGGGCCUGCAUAAGCUGGCGCUGGAGGAUUUGAUGCAGCUUCGAAACCGAACAAAGGCUGACUGGUACCCAAAUCAUGCCUUUAUCGUCUUGACUUUGCAAAAACUUGUCCACUUGGUCGACGAUGAGGACGACUCAACUGAUACGAGCAGUACAUACUCUUCAAAGACCCUUGGCGCGCUAAGAGGAUCUAUGAGGCAACUCUGGAAAAGCCGCCAGACGGCAGACACCGAGAAGAAUGUAUUUGAGAGUAACUUGCGGGCUCCGGACCUCACAUCGGAUCUGCAGGAAACAGGCAUGAUACGGACGUUGCAGCGAUAUCAUGCUUCUGGAAAUGAAGCACGAACAGAGUUCAUGGAAAGCCACUCCUCUCUCGCGCCUUACCAAAUGGCCGUGGCAGCAGAACAAGUCUCUAUCUUUUUGACGUCAGACAACACCGUUAUUUCCUUCUUCGAGGUCUCAGCCGGCGACAUCGAGCGGCCGAUCGUGACCCGUCUCAGUACCCCUGGCACAAUUCUUCGCGAGUCCAACGAUGCGUCUCUGUUGUGUCAAGGUAUAAUCGACGCCAUCAUUGAUCUCGCUAUCCCUUUGACGGCUAUCUAUACAGACAUUAUUUCAGAUAUCGAGUUGGACGUCCUCACAUCUCCGAAUAUCAGUCAGAGUAAAAAGCUCUACCUCUGCAUCAGCGAGAUCAACAAGAUGCUCAGUUUUCUGAACCCAAUUGACAAUGUGGUCAAUGUCCUUCGCGAUCACAAGACUUCCAUGACCCACGAGAAUGCCAUGCAGGUACUUGAGAACCCGUCGUCUGGUGUCAUAGUUACGCCCAUGACGCAUACCUAUCUUGGUGACGUUCUAGAUCACUGCAUAAUGAUUACAGAGGCUCUCCAGCAGCUCAAGCAAUCAUCCGAUAACCUGAUCAACUUGAUUUUCAACACUAUCGCAGCUCACCAAAACGAGUCAAUGAAGCAGCUUACUACAGUCACCAUUAUCUUCUUGCCAUUGACGUUCAUUACUGGGUUCUUUGGACAGAAUUUUGCUGAGGAGGGGUUUCCUGAAAUCCACCACGGCAUUUGGUAUUUCUGGGCUUGCGCUGUUCCAACCGUUGUGUUCACAAUCUUGAUUAUCUCGAGAGAGGCGAUCUACAAUUGGCUCAUUAAGCUUGUGCAGAGAAGACACAUCCUGACGUUGAGGAAAAAGAAGCAGAGGUCCAAGAACCAGAAGAUAAAGCUAAAGAUAUGA